AUGCCUGCGUUACCAAAGACAUACAACAGCAUCGACAAAUAUGCGAAAGAUAUCAUCGAAUUCAUUGAAACGCCCCUAGUCCGCCAGAUUACUGGGGGCAUUCACGUCAACGACUCACUCAUCUUUAAUGCUUGGGACGUCCUGCCUAGGGAAUGGACAUCCUGGUGGACAUCGUUUCCAGAUCAUCGCAUAGUCCAGCAAGACUUGAUAGACAGUAUUCAAGAGUCGGAUCCUCCAAUCACGGCAAAUGAAGAAAUAGAUAAAGUCCAACGACCUCCACCCCUCGCAGACCGGCCAGAGUCGCUGUCCAAGUGGCUCAAGAGCAUCCAGUCACUCGCCCUCCCGCGACAUCAGCGACCUGGCAAGGUCAUAACCCUCCCAGAAAUUCUAACAAAUCGCAUGAAGACCAAAAAGAUUGCAGAGGUCUCUACAGCCGCUGCAUACAUCCACGACGUCUGCCAAACCAAUAACAUAACCCACGUCAUUGACAUGGGCUCGGGCCAGGGGUACCUCUCAAUUUCCCUAGCCUACCUCUUCCCAGGACUACACGUGCUAGCCAUCGACGGCAGCGAGUCCCAGAUUGCAGCCUCAAAAGCCUGCGCAGGUAGUCUUGGCAUCCAUGAAAGCAGAAUCCAGCACAUGCAGCGCUACAUUGACGGCACGCCACCUUUGGCGGAUGAGAUAGCUGCCUGGGCCGGAGGGGAGAGGUGCAUGCUCGUCGGCCUCCACGCAUGUGGGAAUCUCUCUGAGCAUAUGCUACGGUACUUCUCCACUGUCCCAUUCAUUGUGCGUCUAGGUGUCGUUGGAUGCUGCUACAACCACAUCGUCCCGCGUUCUGCCACUUAUCCUGGGGGAUUUCCCAUCAGUACAAUGAUGCGAGAGAAAAACGUCUCCCUGAGUGCUACGGCGCUUAUGACGGGCUGCCAGGCACCGAAUAACUGGGAAAGGGCGGAUCCAAGCAAACAAGAGUCGGUGUACUCCAAAAGGCGCUUCUACCGAGCCUUGUUGGAGAAGAUCUUCCAUGAUAAAGGAAUAGAGCUCGAGAAGGAGGAAAGACCAACGUGGGGUGUGCUAAACGGAGAUAUGGCUAGCUUUGAUGCGUUUGCACGCAGAGCAAUUCGGUCCCUGGACGUUGACGAGAGCAAAAUCAGCGAUGAUGACCUGUUAGCUUAUGAGGAAAGGUAUCGGGGAUAUCAAGGCAAAGUGGCAAUUCUCUGGACCCUCAGUGUCAUUUGCUGCAAGGUUGUCGAGAGCGUAAUUGCUCUUGAUCGGUACUCGUUCCUUACAGAGAAUGGGGGGCACAAUGUUGAUAUUAUACCGAUGUUUGAUUAUAAAAUAUCACCACGAAAUUUAAUGCUUAUAGCUAAUAAGACAUAG